AACAGAUGGUAUCUUUUAGAUUGGAGAAAGCGUGUUCAGAUCAUUGAAGGUAUUACUCAAGGGCUUUUAUAUCUGCAAGAAUACUAAACUUUACAAUAGUUCAUAGAGACUUAAAGGCUGGCAACAUUUUGUUGGAUAAAGAAAUGAACCCCAAAAUAUCAAAUUUUGGAAUGGCUAAAGCUUUUACGAAAGAUGAAUUUGAAGCUAACACAGGCCGCAUAGUUGGAACAUAUGGCUAUGUUCCUCCUGAAUAUGUAAGAAAAGGUAUAUACUCUAUGAAGUAUGAUGUUUAUAGUUAUGGAGUUUUGCUUCUACAAAUCAUAAGUGGCAAGAGGACCGCAUGCUACUAUGGCUCAAACGAAAAUUUAACCCUUUUGGAAUAUGGGUAUGAGUUGUGGAGAGAAGGUGAAGGCAUGGAGUUUUUUGAUUCAUCACUGGAUGAUUCGUCUUCUCCAUUGAAACUAAAGAGAUGCAUGCAAGUAGCUUUAUUGUGUGUCCAGGAAAAUCCUGCUGAAAGACCAACCAUGCUCAAGGUUUAUAACAUGCUCAAAGGUGAAAUUGAAGACAUCCCUUCUCCUAAGAAGCCUGCUUUUUCAGUCAAAAGAGAUGAAGAUGAGGAUAGUAAUUGCAUCAUCAAGGUGAAAAUAUUUUCAGUCAAUGAUGCAACAAUUACUCAACCGGUACCGCGAUGAGUCAAUGAGUAAUCUUGAAAGAUAUUGAAGUAAUUACUGUAUGCAGGGGAGAUUGCAGAAUUCCUCUGAAACACUCAGGUUUUCCAUUUUUUUAUUUUUUUUAUUUUUUGUUUGUUUCCAUCCCUUGUAACACCUCAGGGCAUUGUUUAAUUCUUUUACCUGUAACUCUAUAUUGUAGAGUUAAUUUUGUUCUGUUCAUAGCUGAUGCAAUACUUUCUUUUAGUU